CGGAAGUGGUGCCACGCACGCGACUCGGGGGUCUUGGGGCAUUACGCGAGACUGAGCUCCGGCUUAAAAAAAAAAAAAAAAAAAAAAAAAAGCGCCAACGUCAUCAUAUCUUUAAUAAUCCUCUCAACAUCAGUCAUAUUCAUAAUCAUACAGCGCUCGCGCUGAGCCCUCGCGGAGCCCGAUGGCGCACAGCGACAGGUCGCGCGACGGAUCCGCGUUCUUCAGGAGGACGAGCCUCGCCUGGGUGGUUUCGGUCUCGCUCGCCGUGAGCUUCUUCACCUGGACCGUGUUUUGGCCGAACCAGGUGCCCUACGAACGGCUGGGGCCCCUUGGCCAUGUGUCCCAUUACCUGGUGGAGCACCACUACCCAGUUAUGUACUACGGGUGGUGGCUUGCUCUGAUGGUCCACGUGGGUGAAGCUUUUUACAGCCUCAAGGUGUGCAGUGACAAGGGUGUGGACAAUCUGCUGGCGCGUGUCCUAUGGUUUGUACAGACAUUCCUUUUCGGCUUGGCUUCUUUGGGGCUACUUCUGAAGUACAAGCCUGAUGCUCGACUGAAACGGCAGUGAGACCACCGGGACCGCAUCUCAAAUGGAACCGACCAAAAGAACCUCAGCCCAAGUGCAACUGAGGCCUGCAAGAGCAUCUCCGCAACGUGAACCAGAAAGGAUGAACUUCAUCGACCAAGCAAAGUACAGCUGAGAUGACUGUGGCAGCAGCUACAUUGUGUAGCUGCACUGGAAAAUCCCAAAAUUUCCCACAGUCUCCACUAAAUUAGCCCAAAAAACUUUCAGACAGUCCUUUUCAAAGAACGACCCCCCUGCCGUGACGCAGCAUAAUCGGAUCCUCCGGGAAGAGGGGUCACGCGGUUUUAUGGUUCCGCUUCUUCUGCCUCAAUCUGACGUCCUCCUCCGUGUAAUAUGAUUUAUUUAAUUAUCAGCGUGAAGAAUUUUAAUUUGAAUUGUGAAAUAUGCAAAUCUUUGCCGUGCAGUUCUUGAAGCAAACCGUUACAGCAAUUUGAUAUAGUUUGACAGAGUUUUGCUCUGAGUUGGAUAAUAAAGUACACUAAGGAUCCUUGUGUUGGUUUUGUCAGUUUAAUAUCUCCCAGGUUUCUUGACAUUAAUUGCACAUUAACUGUAUUCCAUCCACUAGCCCAUAUUUUUGUUUGCCUGAGUGUGGUAUAAAGCGGAGACUAAUAUCUUUACGUUAACUCUUUAUUUAGGGCACAGCAGUUUGAGUUCUCUCCUCACAUCGGUGCAGCACUAUCGCAGUACUCGUAUGACGGUACUCGUAUGACAGUAAUCACUGCAGUGAUGCUCGCUAAGCCGGUAAUCUCUGACAGUUAUGUGGGGGUUGAGAUUUUUGUUGGCACUCUCUCUCGAAUCCGGCAGCCCACAGUUCCCACCCACUGGUACAAUGACGGUGUCCAACUGUGUCCAACUUGGGCACCUGUUCUCAGACCUCCAUGGCAACUGGGCCCGGUACCAUCACGUCGUCCCCAGGAGAGCCGGCAAGCAGAAGGGAGCGGGGGACACUCUGGUCACGACACGAGUUCAGAAAGAGGAGUCUGUCAGCAUAUGCAGUUGACAUAAUGGAAACAAAUUAAUAAGGUGAAAAAAGCACUUGAAGUACGUCCACUGGAACUCCCAGCAUCUCAUAAAACCUCAGAAGGGUUCAUAAAGUCCUGUAUGGUUCAAAAUAUUUUCUUUAAUUCCUUGAUUAGUUGACUCGACAA